AUGCAUCCCUCAGCCUUCCUCGCAUCUCUCCUCCCCCUCCUGGCAGCCGCCUCGCCUCUCGUCGAGCGCGCCGGUGGUCCCGCUUCUGUGCCAGUCCCUGCCAGCUGCGCAGUGAUCAACCCUCUCCCCUUCGCUAACUGCGGAAGCUCCAACGUCGAUGGCUACAAGCCCAACCCAGACUUCGUCACCGACCACCUGCUGUACCAAGCCUACUUCACCUCCGGCCAGUCACAGGCAGAGGAUGCGCAGCAGUGCAAGGAGCAAUGCUUCGGCUACGGGAACCCGGGACAGUGCAAGUCGUCGUUUAUCGCCAACCAAGUCCCGACGCCGAAGGGCUACUAUGGAACCAAAGGAGGACAGCUGGAGACGGGAUGUUUGCUGUUUGAUGAGUAUCUGUCGCCCCUGGACUUUAUCAGCAGCAAGGCGGGGCGGUAUGUGAAUGCUACUGCGACGGACAUUUACUGCUCGCGGUGA